GUAGCCCUGUAUAAAAAUAUAACGCUACGAUUAGCCACUGUUUUACUUGUAACUGUUCAACUUUAUUAAACUUCACAGUUCUCAUCUCUUCGUUCUACAAUUUGUGGAGGUCAUAGCCAAAUUCAGUUACUAGCAAUGGAUAGACAGCAUUGCAGUGUAAUAGUGGCUGCUUGCUUAAUGUCUGUGUUUGCCCUUUGUGUGGGUCAAGCUCCAAUAGCUGUCUGUGAAGAGGAUUUUUCCGAUAACUUAUCGUGUGAGAGAGAAGAUGGAGUGAGGCGCUGCUUCUCCAGAGAUGAACUUUGCAACAGUGAAAUAUUUUGUGCUGAUGAAUCCGAUGAAGGGGUAACCACUGGAACUGGAUUGGACUGUGAUGGUAGUCUCACUGGUCGCAAGGUGACUGACAAUGGCAAAGUGGAGCCUGGAUUUUUAUGUUCUAAUGGUACCAUCCUGGACCUGGUACAACUGUGUGAUGGCAAGGCCGACUGUGAGAGUGGAGAUGAUGAGACACACCCUCUCUGUGCAAACAAGUGCCUGUUUCCCUACUACGGAGGAUGUGUUCACACAAGAGAGUGUCAUUCCACGGCUAGAGAAGCAACUUGUGGAUUGUGUCGUGCAGGGUUCGCAAGAGACUCUAGGAAUUAUGAAACUGGCGAAUGUGUAGAGGCUCGUUUCAGAUUUCAAAGUUUAUCGCACAGUGUGUGUGAAAACCAGCGAACAUAUAUUUAUGUGAUACUUGAUACAACCGGGGUCCUUGAUCAGAGAGUCCUGGUGGAUGUCAGGAUAAUUGGUGGAACUGCUACAGUUGCUAAUGACUUCACAAUAUCAACAAGUCAAGCUGUAUUCAAUCAAUUUUCUGUCGGAGAAACAAGUAGAUUAGUGUAUAUUGAUGCUGUACUCGACAGUGUUUCUGAAGGCGGUGAAACCAUUCUCCUGGAAGCUUCAUCUGGUGAAUGGCCAUUCACUAUUGGAAGGAAUAGUACUACUGUUACAAUCAAUGAGUGCAGUGCACGUACCCGUGAGUACCUGUUUACCAUUCAAUAUCAAAGAGUUUCUGAGGAUUCUGGUUCCUAUAAUACCUAUGUACAAUUGGCUAGUGGAGUUGGUAACCUGACAGAGGAUCUCCUUGUUAACAUAUCCACCAUAUCUGGAUCUGCGAUAGGCAAUGUUGACUACAAUGAGAUACAGUUGACUCUCACCUUUCCUAGUGGAAGUAGAGGAAGAGAUACGGUUCCAUUUUCCAUUCCAAUAAUUGAUGAUAACAUUGCUGAACGAUCUGAAUAUUUCCGUAUAAUAGCUUCAACAAGUGGCAAUGGAAUUGGGAUUUACUCAAGAACAACAUACACUCAAUAUGUAUAUAUUAAUGAUGAUGAUACCUUCAUAGUUGAAUUUGAGUACCCAAGCUACACUGUAAUGGAAGGAGAGAGUGUGGAAGUCUGUCUGGUCAACACCAACAAUCCAGAGAGAGUCCAUGACUUCAUCGUGCAGUUCUACACUUCAUGUGACUGUGAUACUUCAUCUACUGUGGUGCCAGAAGAAGCAAUAGCUGACUUGGACUAUGAAGCAGUGUAUAGGGAAAGUGAUGUCAUAUUCUCACCUGACACUAAUCGAACAUGUACGAAUAUCAGCACUUACCACGAUAACUUGCAAGAAGGAGUGGAAAAGUUCAUUGUAACGGCGGUACGUAGUGGUGGAGUUGGACAGCUAUCACAGUUUCCACAAACCACUGACAUUCUAAUUGUGGAUGUAAAUGUGGAUCCAAUGACAGUAUCGAUUGGAGAGCCAUUCUAUUCAAUUACUCAACCUAAAGACUCUGUGGAAGUAUGCAUUGCUAUUGAAGGCAGCCUGGAUGAAACAAUUGGUAUUAGCCUACAAACCCAAUAUCAAACCGUGAGGCUGACACUUUCUGCUACUGUUACUCGCACAUGCUCUACUUUCACCUUUAUAAACAGCCUAUUCUCCAGAAAUGGUCGCAUUGAGACCAUACAAGCUGUGAUUGUGUCUGAUAAUCACCGAGUGACCAUUGACCGAUUUCAAGCGGAGAUAGCAUUGUUUGAUGGAAGUGGUGUCAAGGACGAGUGUCCAGUCUUAGUUGACCCUGCCAAUGGACAAGUUGAACAAUUGCUCACUGAUGGAAUGAUUCUCCCUGGCUCCAUUGCCAUAUACUCGUGUGAUGUCGGGUUGGUUCCUGAUAGGACACGAUUCAGAGAGUGUGCGGCUGAUCUCACCUGGUCAGGAAUCCCACCAUCUUGUAUUCAAGGUGUGAGGGGAGGCAUUGUUGAAAGUUCAUCUAAUGAGUUCAUUGUUGGAUUUGCUUCCUCUUAUUCGAGUACAUCACAAUAUCUUAUUGUUACAACAAAUGAUCAACAAAACAUUCCUCUUCUUGUUUCUGGAAAUAAAUUUAACCGUCCACAUAAUGUUAGGAACACAUUCUAUGCUUACACUGGCAUUCCAAGUUCCUACAUAGGGAAAGGUAUCGACAUAAAAGCAAAGCCAACUAAAAAAAUCACUGUUCAUGGCUGGCAGAGCACUGGCUUUCCAUUUUAUUCAAUGGAUUCCUUUCUAGCAAUCAAUGUGAGGCCUACGGAUGAUGUGAAAGAGUAUGAGUAUUAUUCUAUACCAUACAACUACUCCAGCUUGCUACACCUUGUUGCCAUUGAAGACAACACUAUUGUUAACCUUGGAUCUUCAUCCAUCAUGCUGGAUCGCCUUCAAAUACAUCAAAUUGAUGAGAGUGAAUUGCUUACAUCAAUCAGAGUUGCCAGCAACAAACCUCUUUCAGUUAUCAGUGCUAAGAACUGUUUUGUUACUGUUCAAUUUUGUGACUUCCUCACCGAACAGUUGCUGCCCACCCACGUAUGGGGAAAAAGAUUCCUAGUAGCGUCAUUUCAGGGACUGAAAAAUGGAGAGAGCUUAAGAAUCUUGGCAUCGGUAUUUCCUACUAUGGUCACAAUUGCAUGUGCUGAGUAUAAUAUCCAUCAUGUAUUGAAUCUGGAGUCUGGUCAAGGUCAAUGGAGAGAUGUCAAACUUGAUGAGCAGCCUGGGGGGGUUAGGAACAUGUUUUGUGUUUUGGAAGCUACAAAUCCAGUGCAUGUUCUUCAGUUUGCUCAAGUUAGUGAUGCCAAUUCGUACAUGAUGACCAUUCCAGCUGUUGAACAAUAUGGAGAAUAUUUCACCAGAUUCUAUGUUCCAAAUACAUCUCCUUUUAACUUUGUAAAUCUCUAUGUGGCACCUGAACAUUUUGUGCCUGGAGGUAUUCUUGUUGACGACAAUGCAGUGUUGGAUUGGACAACUGUACGAUGUGCUAGUGGUGAAAUUUGUGGGUAUAUCUCAAGACCUGUUUUAGCAAGACGAAGUCAUCAUCAUACUGUACAACAUCUCUACCCCAGAGGCAGAAUAGGAAUAUCAGCAUACGGAUUUGACACUAGACGGAAUAGCUCUUAUGGCUAUCCAGCAAGCAUGUACAUACCAUCUCCACAAAAUAUUGAUGAAUGCGUACCAAACUUGAAUAUUUGCGACCCAAAUGCCCAGUGUAUUAGUGUGAACGGACAAUAUGAAUGUGUCUGCAAUGAUGGCUAUGAGAAACAGAGAAAUAAAACCUGUACUGAUAUUGACGAGUGUGCAGUUGGUACUAGUGGCUGUGAUGUCAAUGCUUACUGCACUAACACUAUUGGUGGGAAUAACUGUACCUGCAAUACUGGCUUUAUUGGAACUGGAAGAACUUGUACUCCAGAAUCCAACUUAGCUGAAUUUGAAGACUACUUGCCAUUUAUCGACUUGAAAAAAGAUAUAUCGCAAGCAUUGGAUCUAGCUGAUGACUCAUGUGCGAGAGUAACAGUGCCUGCCAUUCCAAUUGGACUCAGUAAAACUACACAAAUAUGGAUCUGUGAGAAUGGAGUCAUUUCUAUUGGUGAGAGGCCCUUCAAUCUUUUUAGGCCGCAACUCUUCCCCAGUGAUAAUCCACUUAUCCAGCAGUCUAACAUUUUAGCUCCAUUCUGGAACGAUCACGAACCAAAUCCAAGCCUUGGAGCUGUGAAAUAUCAAAUUUUGGAUGAAGGUCCUGCACCUGAUUCAGGCAUCAAUCGAUUUAUUACUCAUCAGCGAGGUCUUGAUGAGUUCAAAGGUGAAUGGAUGAUAGUUGUGAGCUGGGAGAACGUAUCUCCAUACAUUCGAUACAGCGAUGUUCAAGUACGGCAAAACUCCUACCAAGCUAUAAUUGUCUCCAAUGACACAACAGUAUAUGCUGUGUUCACUUACGAUUCAAGGGCAAUGAAUUGGUUUGAUGUGGAUGAUGGUGUGUACUCUGUUAUUGGCUACAACUUUGAUCAGAGGACCGCAGAUUCACUAAAUAUUCCAUCGUUUCAAAACCAUCGUUUCAGUGGAUCAAGUAAUAUCAAACAAAUUUCAAGAAAACUUCAAGCCCAGGGCAUCCAAUGGACCAACCUGAUUUAUCUCAUUGGGAGAGACGUUCAACGUUCAGCUGCGGAAUGUGUAGCAAUGGCAAGUAGAGAUGAGAGUCAUUUUAUAGACCGUGGCGUUCGGGUAGAACAAGAUCUGCCGUGCCCAUGUUCAGUAAAACAAGCAUUUCGAGAUCGAAGAUAUAUCCACGCUGCUGCUUAUCUGGCUGAGAUCACUGGUGAUGAUAGAUUCCUCUCAAAGAAUUGCUUUGUACAAGUGUGCAGACCCCUCAAAAUCGAUACUGGUGUUCACAUGUGCUGCUACAGUACAAGACAGGAAUCAUUUGGAGCUCUGCUUGGAUCAUCAUUCCAAAGUGAAGCAAGUUCUCCUUUACGAUUCCAUCCUUACACUGAGCGUGAUGACUAUUUGAAGUAUGACUAUCACUUUCAAAAGAGCUGUUGCUUCGGUGAAUCAGACAACAUGUGUCCAACUUACACCAACCAGCGCAGAGCUGAUGAAUGCAAGAGCUACACACCCUCAGAAGUUGGGCCUACCUGAGUGCAUGUACCCAGGUACUAAGUUCAAGUGUGUCCAGUUGAGAACUGAACUAUAUACUCCUAUUUCGUUUUGAGUUUGUAUAUGCAUAGCUUAGAGAAUUAAAUGCCAUUGAGUGGAGUUUUGGAAUUUACAGUACAUUAUAUGCUUAACUUACUUCAUCAGUAUG